UCAACAGUCCCCAGGUUACAGUCCAUAAUGGUCGUCUCUAUUAUCAACAGUCCCCAGGUUACAGUCCAGAGUGUCUGUCUCUAUUAUCAACAGUCCCCAGGUUACAGUCCAGAGUGUCUGUCUCUAUUAUCAACAGUCCCCAGGUUACAGUCCAGAGUGUCUGUCUCUAUUAUCAACAGUCCCCAGGUUACAGUCCAGAGUGUCUGUCUCUAUUAUCAACAGUCCCCAGGUUACAGUCCAGAGUGUCUGUCUCUAUUAUCAACAGUCCCCAGGUUACAGUCCAGAGUGUCUGUCUCUAUUAUCAACAGUCCCCAGGUUACAGUCCAGAGUGUCUGUCUCUAUUAUCAACAGUCCCCAGGUUACAGUCCAGAGUGUCUGUCUCUAUUAUCAACAGUCCCCAGGUUACAGUCCAGAGUGUCUGUCUCUAUUAUCAACAGUCCCCAGGUUACAGUCCAGAGUGUCUGUCUCUAUUAUCAACAGUCCCCAGGUUACAGUCCAGAGUGUCUGUCUCUAUUAUCAACAGUCCCCAGGUUACAGUCCAGAGUGGCCGUCUCUAUUAUCAACAGUCCCCAGGUUACAGUCCAGAGUGUCUGUCUCUAUUAUCAACAGUCCCCAGGUUACAGUCCAGAGUGUCUGUCUCUAUUAUCAACAGUCCCCAGGUUACAGUCCAGAGUGGCAGUCUCUAUUAUCAACAGUCCCCAGGUUACAGUCCAGAGUGUCUGUCUCUAUUAUCAACAGUCCCCAGGUUACAGUCCAGAGUGGCCGUCUCUAUUAUCAACAGUCCCCAGGUUACAGUCCAGAGUGUCUGUCUCUAUUAUCAACAGUCCCCAGGUUACAGUCCAGAGUGUCUGUCUCUAUUAUCAACAGUCCCCAGGUUACAGUCCAGAGUGUCUGUCUCUAUUAUCAACAGUCCCCAGGUUACAGUCCAGAGUGUCUGUCUCUAUUAUCAACAGUCCCCAGGUUACAGUCCAGAGUGGCCGUCUCUAUUAUCAACAGUCCCCAGGUUACAGUCCAGAGUGUCUGUCUCUAUUAUCAACAGUCCCCAGGUUACAGUCCAGAGUGUCUGUCUCUAUUAUCAACAGUCCCCAGGUUACAGUCCAGAGUGUCUGUCUCUAUUAUCAACAGUCCCCAGGUUACAGUCCAGAGUGUCUGUCUCUAUUAUCAACAGUCCCCAGGUUACAGUCCAGAGUGUCUGUCUCUAUUAUCAACAGUCCCCAGGUUACAGUCCAGAGUGGCCGUCUCUAUUAUCAACAGUCCCCAGGUUACAGUCCAGAGUGUCUGUCUCUAUUAUCAACAGUUCCCAGGUUACAGUCCAGAGUGGCCGUCUCUAUUAUCAACAGUCCCCAGGUACAGUCCAGAGUGUCUGUCUCUAUUAUCAACAGUCCCCAGGUUACAGUCCAGAGUGGCCGUCUCUAUUAUCAACAGUCCCCAGGUUACAGUCCAGAGUGUCUGUCUCUAUUAUCAACAGUUCCCAGGUUACAGUCCAGAGUGUCUGUCUCUAUUAUCAACAGUUCCCAGGUUACAGUCCUUAGUGGCCGUCUCUAUUAUCAACAGUUCCCAGGUUACAGUCCAGAGUGUCUGUCUCUAUUAUCAACAGUCCCCAGGUUACAGUCCUUAGUGGCCGUCUCUAUUAUCAACAGUCCCCAGGUUACAGUCCAGAGUGUCUGUCUCUAUUAUCAACAGUUCCCAGGUUACAGUCCAGAGUGGCCGUCUCUAUUAUCAACAGUCCCCAGGUUACAGUCCAGAGUGUCUGUCUCUAUUAUCAACAGUUCCCAGGUUACAGUCCAGAGUGUCUGUCUCUAUUAUCAACAGUUCCCAGGUUACAGUCCAGAGUGUCUGUCUCUAUUAUCAACAGUUCCCAGGUUACAGUCCAGAGUGUCUGUCUCUAUUAUCAACAGUUCCCAGGUUACAGUCCUUAGUGGCCGUCUCUAUUAUCAACAGUUCCCAGGUUACAGUCCAGAGUGUCUGUCUCUAUUAUCAACAGUCCCCAGGUUACAGUCCAGAGUGUCUGUCUCUAUUAUCAACAGUCCCCAGGUUACAGUCCUUAGUGGCCGUCUCUAUUAUCAACAGUCCCCAGGUUACAGUCCAGAGUGUCUGUCUCUAUUAUCAACAGUCCCCAGGUUACAGUCCAGAGUGUCUGUCUCUAUUAUCAACAGUCCCCAGGUUACAGUCCUUAGUGGCCGUCUCUAUUAUCAACAGUCCCCAGGUUACAGUCCAGAGUGUCUGUCUCUAUUAUCAACAGUUCCCAGGUUACAGUCCAGAGUGGCCGUCUCUAUUAUCAACAGUCCCCAGGUUACAGUCCAGAGUGUCUGUCUCUAUUAUCAACAGUUCCCAGGUUACAGUCCAGAGUGUCUGUCUCUAUUAUCAACAGUUCCCAGGUUACAGUCCAGAGUGUCUGUCUCUAUUAUCAACAGUUCCCAUGUUACAGUCCAGAGUGUCUGUCUCUAUUAUCAACAGUUCCCAGGUUACAGUCCAGAGUGUCCCCAGCAUGUUGUCAGUGUGGUGUGA